GUUUUUAAACAUUUUUUAUUGUUUUUCUGAAAGUCCCUGUGAGGGGAGGGCUUAGAAGACCACUCUUUAUAAAGUGUCUUCUUCAAACUGCUACAAGAAGGGGAAGACAACAGUCGUAUCCGGAGUUUCCAUCUGAUUGAUUUAGCCAUGAAUCUCCUCUGUUGGGUGAUGAUGGUCCUGGGGAUUUAUGUCCAGCAAUCAGUUUCACAGAUGGCACAGUGUUUCAGUGAAUUUUCCCGAUCCAAUGGGAUUUGUGGUGAUCUUUUGGGUGAGGUUAAAAUCCAGGACUGUUGUAUUAACCCUAACUAUGGCUACGUAGAAGCAGAUGGGGUUUGUAAAUCCUGUGGCCGGGCUGCAUGGUCUGAGUGGACUCGCUGGAGCAAGUGUACAGUGAGUUGUAAAGACGGUGUUCGGCAAAGGCGAAGAAUGUGUUACGGAAUUGGUUCUUGCUUAGACCCUGAGAAUCUGGGAUCGAUUCAAACCGAACCUUGUAUGGAACAGGACUGCUGCCCAGUGGAAGGUGGUUGGUCAGGGUGGGGGAACUGGCAGCCAUGUUCAGUCACAUGUGAAAUUGGAAUUAAAAAAAGGCAAAGAAGCUGCUCCAACCCACUUCCGCAAUGUGGGGCCACCUGUAAAGGUGAAGCAGAAGAAACCGCAAGCUGUAAUACUGAAGUUGUCUGUCCUACUCAUGGCGGGUGGUCUAGUUGGGGAAAAUGGGGUCCCUGUCAAGGAACUUGUGCUAAUGAAGGGCAUGAGCCCCCAAUGGAAUUUCGUAAAAGGACGUGCACCAACCCCCCUCCGUCUUCAGUUCCACGUGGACGAGACUGUGAGGGAUUUGACGAGGACAGACAAUUUUGCACAGGAUUACCUUUCUGUCCAAUUAAUGGAAACUGGGGUCCUUGGUCAGAGUCCACACCCUGCACUGUGACAUGUGGUGUGGGCAGAGAGUCACAAAGACGGAAAUGCGAUUCCCCUGAACCCAAAUAUGGUGGCAAAUAUUGCGAUGGUGAUGCCAUAAAAACUGGUUCCUGUACAGUUCCUGUUAACUGUCCUAUUAACGGAGUAUGGACCGAAUGGAGUCCAUGGAAUUCUUGUAAAAAACGUUCCCAUAAAAAAAUCGCUUGCAGGCUCAUAGAUGGAAUCCGAACUAGAACGAGGGAGUGUGUUGGCAGAGAAUUUGAAGGAAGUUUCUGUGAUGGAGAGAUUGUGGAUCAUGGCGACUGCUAUGAUAUUAGUGGCUGUGAAAUGAAUGCUAUGUUGUCAGAGUGGAGUACCUGGAGUUAUUGCAAACCAGACUGUGGGUCACAAUCUAACCGAACAAGAGAAAGAGUGUGUACUGCUAACAUCUCUGCAUACAGGGUCCAGGACAUCAAUCUUUUCGAUGGGAAACCGAAUAUUAAUUGUAAAGAUCUGAAAACUGAAACAGAGACAACCGAAUGUAAAAAUUUACCCGAGUGCUAGGAGCUGAAACCUCAUCAACUGGAAAGGACAUCAAAAGCUUGCUAUUGUUAUAUUAAAAAAAUAUAGAGAGAUAACACAUUGUAUUACUCGUUUUAUGAUAUGGAAUGAUUAGCAUUGGAAUGAUGCCAUUGUUGAUUACAUUUCGAAAUCGUUUUUUAACGCCUGUUAUGAAGCAAUAUUUUCAAGUAUUAAUCUAACUGUAUAUGUUAUAAACUAAUCCUGCUUUUAGAAAACCGUUUCGAGAAAAUAUAAGGAAAAGACACGAGCCAGCCAGGAGUCGAACCUAGAAUCUUCUGAUCCGUAGUCAGACGCGUUAUCCAUUGCGCCACUGGCCCGACGAGUUUAUGUCGAAACCACGCAACACUCUGAACCGUGUCACGUAUAACUGUACACUUUUAUAAUUGUAUUAUAAGAUGGGUUUUUUUAAACUCAAGAUAACAGAUUUAUUAAUGUUGGGUAGAGUAUUCCUUUAAAAGAGCAUAUAAAAGAGCAAGGCAAACAAAUAGAACGCCACAUUUAAAUAACGUCCAGACAAUGUUACCUAUGACGUUUUUCUCUCAGACGUAAGGUUAUUAUUUGUAAAACGCCACAUAAUUGUAGAGGGUUCUCAGUGCAGAGAUAAAAGAAAAAAUGUCGAACAGUCAACGUUUAUAGGUAACUUAGCCCUUGACAAACAGAGUUUCGACAGUUGCAUAGACAUCUGUUAUAAGAAUGGCAUGCGGAAGUAAAUGAUAUCAUGAGGUCUCUAUAGUUCCAAGCAUUGCAUUGAAGCCCAUUCAUUUCACUGAUUCCCAAACACAUUCACUUCUAAGUUAAUCAAAUCCAGCUGUGUAAAACUCGUGUUUUGUUAUAAGUAUGUUUUUGAAACAAUUUUCCUCAAUAAAUAUGUUUUUCUGUG